AUGAAUGAACGUCGAUCACAUCUUCAAGAUUUACCGGUGGAACUUUUUCAUCAUAUUUUCGAAUAUCUUGCUCCUCAUGAUCUUCUUAAUGCUUUCAAAAAACUUAAUCGACGAUUUGACAUUAUGCUUACUCAACAGCCAUUAUGUUUACCAAAUAAUCGACAAAUGAGUAUUCAUUUAUAUCUUCAUUAUUUAAAGAAAAUUGUUAGUAAACAUGCAUCACAAAUUGUUUAUCUUCAUUUAUCUGAACGAAAUGCACCACAUGCAAUGAACUAUUUUCUAUCUGAAAUACGAUUAAAUAAUCUCGUCUGGUCAACAUUGAAAGCAGUGACUAUUGAAGAUAUUCCACGUCAUGUUCUUGAAAUAUUUCUCUAUGAUUGUUCAUUCUUAUCUAAAAUUCAUUCAUUAUCACUCGAUGUUGGUUAUCAACGAUUUCAUUGUGAUGAAUAUAAUGAUUUGAAUUAUACAACAAUAUUUAGUGAAAAUUGUCCUCCGAUGUCUAUUCAUCGAAAUUUACAAAGUCUUUCAAUCGUUGAAUGUUCAAGAGAAUUAUUGAUUGAACUAUUAAAUAAUGGUCAUCUACCACAGUUACAACAUCUACGUGUUGCUUUUCCAAUGACUUAUGCCAAUAUCGAGAAAGAGUUGCCACGUCCAAUUCCAUUGAAACAAGCCUUUGUACCUGAACUACGUCAUGUUAAUAUAAAAAUUUUUGGAGGUGUAGCUUGGGUUUUAACUUUUUUCGAAGAUCUUCAACGAUAUAGUCAACUCGAUCAAUUAAUUAUAUCAGGUUAUGAAAGAUUUGCUGAUAAUAGUCAUUUUCCACGAGUAACAUCAUUACGACAAUGGUUAACAUUGACAAAAUCGAAUAUAUUUACAUUUCAAUUGAAUUCAAAUACAAUUUAUGCUUUCACUAAUAAUGAAAUUCAAGAAGAAAUCUUUGCUGAAUAUCGACAAGCAACUGGUGAAGAAUCUGCAGCCAAAUAUGGACAUAUAAAUCUUUCGUAUCCAACAAUGUCAUUUUCAGAUCCACUGGAGACAAAUGACAACGAAUGGGAAGAUCUUGAUAGUAGUAAUGAUUCAACAAAGAGUUUCAAAUGUGUUCAAGAUCCACCAGUCGACGAUCAUGUUGAAGAAAUGAAUAUUUUUGAAUUGGAUUAUGUCGAAGACGAACGAUUUGUACAAUUAGAAGCAAUGCCUUGUUGGCAUCAUUUGAAGAAAAUUAAUCUUGAAGGCGAUUGUUCAGAUGAUAAUGGUGUUGUUGGCGAAAAUAUUUCUCAUUUACUUCAUAUUGCUCAACGAUCACCCUAUUUACGUGAACUACAUAUCGAAUCAGAUCUAGAUUAUGGUCGUGUUCUUUCAUCGAAUAAACAAUUAGGAAUAUUACUUAGCCGACAACUUGAAAUUUUGCAGUUUACUGCUGAACAAGCUAAUAGUUCAUUUGGUGAUCUUGUUUGCAUUAUUGAUAAGUUAUUUAGUUAUGGUCAAUCACCAUGUCGUUUGCAACAAUUAAUCUUAACUGUUGAUGGACAUCCAGAUUCUUGGCUUUCUAUUCGUCAUUUGAACCGUUGGUUAGAAAAAAUGUUCAAACGUUUUCCAUCACUUAUUCGUUUCACUCUAACUUGUAAAUAUAUAGAAGCUUGUCAAAAUAGUGUACAGAAUUUUUCGAUAUUAGCUCCUGAAUGGUAUGUCGAUUCAUUACUCUCUGGAAAGAAAGGGCUGUGUUUAUGUCAAUAUCGAUAUAAACCACAUUCAAUUGAAAUUUGGUUGUAA